GGCUGUUUCCUGGUCUCGCAGAAAGAGGCAGUGCUGAGUUAGGAAGACAAAAAUAGACCUUUACAGAGAAAUAUAGGGAUUGUGUGCGCGGUGGGGAGGGAGAGCGGAGAGCGGCACCCGGCUGGUUUCCAGGAGGAGCCCUUUUCUCCCUCUCGUUGCAUGUUAGGCAUUUUUGCACAGCUCUCUCCCCCCACCCCCUCCCCGCCGGGGCAGGGUUACCUCUGCCGCCUGCUCUCCGCAUCUCUGGUGGGGAGCGAGGCAGCCAACUCCGCUGCGAUCGGAAAGCGGCCAGAGACCAUUUUAUGCGAGCGAGCCGGGUGGGAAGAAGCGGAGAGAAGCCGUCGCAGGGACACACACGGAUAUAAAGACUUGUCUUCUGCCUCUCCCCCACUCCCUCCCCCUUGUAAAUACUAAAUCUGAGAAGGCAGCGAUUUGACAUCCACCCUGAGCAGCGGCUAUGGGGUGUUUGGGCAACAGCAAAACGGAGGAUCAGCGUAUCGAUGAGAAAGCGCAGCGAGAAGCCAACAAAAAAAUAGAGAAGCAGUUGCAGAAAGAGAGGCUGGCUUAUAAAGCGACACACCGCUUGCUGCUGCUGGGGGCUGGUGAGUCAGGAAAAAGCACUAUUGUGAAACAAAUGCGAAUCCUACAUGUCAAUGGAUUUAAUUCAGAAGAAAAGAAACAGAAAAUACUGGAUAUUCGGAAAAACGUUAAAGAUGCGAUUGUGACUAUAGUUUCAGCUAUGAGCACUUUAAUACCCCCAGUUCCAUUGGCCAACCCAGAAAACCAAUUUCGAAUGGACUACAUCAAGAGUAUAGCUCCUCUUUCUGACUUUGACUAUACGCAGGAGUUCUUUGAACAUGCAAAAAAGCUCUGGGAUGAUGAAGGUGUAAAGGCGUGCUUCGAGAGGUCAAACGAAUAUCAACUGAUUGACUGUGCACAGUACUUUUUAGAAAGAAUUGACAGUGUCAGCAUGGAUGACUACACACCUACAGAUCAGGACCUAUUAAGAUGCAGAGUGUUGACAUCAGGGAUUUUUGAAACAAGAUUUCAAGUAGAUAAAGUAAAUUUCCACAUGUUUGAUGUAGGUGGCCAGAGAGACGAGAGAAGAAAAUGGAUCCAAUGCUUUAAUGAUGUCACAGCUAUCAUCUUCGUUGUGGCUUGCAGCAGCUACAACAUGGUAAUAAGGGAAGACAAUAACACAAACAGACUACGGGAAUCCCUGGACCUUUUCAAAAGUAUCUGGAAUAAUAGGUGGUUACGGACCAUUUCUAUCAUUUUAUUCUUGAAUAAACAGGACAUGCUGGCUGAAAAAGUCUUAGCAGGGAAAUCAAAAAUUGAGGAUUACUUUCCUGAAUACGCGCAUUAUACUGUCCCUGAGGAUGCAACACCAGAUGCAGGAGAAGACCCCAAAGUCACAAGAGCCAAGUUCUUCAUCCGGGAUGAGUUUUUAAGGAUAAGUACGGCGAGCGGAGACGGGCGGCAUUACUGCUACCCACACUUCACAUGUGCCGUGGACACAGAGAACAUCCGCAGAGUGUUCAACGACUGUCGAGACAUCAUCCAGAGGAUGCACCUCCGCCAGUACGAACUCUUGUGAGGGGGAUCACCGUGGAACCUGUGGUUUUAAAUUCUUUGCUCCUUACUCUUUCUCUUGAUGCUACCCCACACAGGGUGGAAGAAUAUACUAUAGAAAUGUCAGUCUCUUCACUUUGUUUACUUUUGUUUAACCUUAAAGCUGAUUUGAAGCAAGUUUGGGUUAUUUUCCCUUCAUGCUUUUUGGGACUAUUUUUGUGCUUUAUUUUGACAUGCCACUUCUUCGUCAUUCCACUAAGCCCUUUGGCUACCUCUGUUCCCUUAGGUUUUGUUUUUUCUGAAACUGAACGUGACCUGCUAAAUUUUUUCCAGCGGGUUAACCUCAGUUCAGACCGGUAUGUCAGCUGGAUGACACUGAAGUCAUACCUAUCCCUCUGUGUGGGUUUCCUUUUUAACAUGACAUUGAAGAGUACUUGAUGGGUGAAAAAAAGAUUAAUGCACUUUGUAUCAGGUUAUUAAAUACUGUUGAGGAAGUAGACACACAAUGUAGCAGCACCACAAUAUUUAUUACUCUGUCACAGUUUUUAGCAUUUCUGAGUUGCAGGUCAACUGAUAAAGUGACCUCCUCUUUUAAGCCGUUACUGGCACAGGAAGUAGAGUAGAUAAUGAGAGGAACAGUGAAGACAAAGCAAUUUUUCUGGGGUUUUGGAGCUAAGUGUCUCUGCACACCUCAGGCAUUUGAAUUACAGCUACUUUUCAGCCUGUUGCAUCUGGGCAGAAAAUUUACCACCCUCACUUAUGUUAUUUGUGCUGUCCACAAAUGAUCCCUUUAGUUCCGAUCAUUCUUGGACAACAGUCCUCUCCCUAUAUAUAUUUUUUUGUUUUACUGCUGGUUUAUUAUAUUGUACAGACUGUAAAAUGUAAUAUUAUUUUGUACAACUUUAUUGAAGAAAAAUACUUGUAGAAGAUCUUUGUGCCUUGAUUAUGGCUGUACCUGUAAAAUGAGCUAAGAUGUAAGUAUGUUUUUGAUUGCGCUGUACAGCUUGAUGUCAACCUUACCUGCAGCAGUGACUGGAGGUAAGAACUUUAUCUGUAGAGUUUAGGGGUUUUUUUCUGGUUUAUAUAAAAAUGCUCUUUAGUAUAAAAAUUAUAAAUUAUGCAAAUUAACCACUUACCUUUCCAAGUAAGGUAUUACAGUCACCGGAUGUUGCAGCAAACAUGCCUUUCUCUUUUGAAGUCUCAGCUUUAAAACAUUGGAAUUCAUUCGAGUGUCCAAAUUGCAACCUGGUGUUGUUUUAAU